GCUGCCAUUACAAUAAAUCGGUCAGCAACUUACAACUGGGCCGAUCAACUCCUAUCUAUCAUGCAGCUCACACUCUCGAGUGAUGACGUUCGUGAUACAACCAUAACAAACUCACAAGGUCAAGUCAUUCAUAAAACAAAUACUCCUUGGAGUUUGCCUCCGCGCACUACCACCACAUGGACAAUCAGGCCCAAUUCCUCCCUGCUUAACAUGCGUGAUGACUUGGAAAUCCCGUCUAAACUUCGCUUCAAUGGCAACGAAGUUUGGACGGAAUAUUAUAUCCCAGCUAGUGGGUUUAUCGGGCGCAAAUACACAUUUAUAGGCCCAGAUGGACGGAAGUACAAACGGACUUCUGUAAGCAGUGACUCGCUGUUCAUCUUUCCAGCUUUUUCACUUACGCAAAGACGACAGCUCGAACGGGGAGACGGCUCAAAUAUUCCUGUAGCUUGUUUCCACAACGGGAGUUUGGGCAUAUUCGGUGAACAUAUCUUAGACACGGUUGUUUUGACUUUUGUAUAUGUGGAAAAGCUGCGAAAGGAUCAGGAAAGGAGUGCUGACUCAUUCUAA